GACUGCGCUGGAUGCUGUGUCGUUUCCCACAAUGCCUUAUUUAGCGUAAUUGACGACUUGUAUGUGAUCUGCGGCGCUCGCUGCUGAUGGUGAAUUUACUAUGGUGCAUGGCAGAUGAUGAAACACUUUGGAUUCCUUUAAUUGCAAUGACAGGAUGUGCUUCUGGGAUUGAAUAAAGUCAUCAGCAUUGGUCGGUAAUUGUCCAGUAGCCAUGUCUAUAACAGAGAUGAAGGGGAGAAUGUCUCCCGUUAUUCCGGUUCUCUUAUUAACAGUCAUUCUUCUUCAACUACCACUUUCUUCAGCUUCUAACACGACAUCUACAUGUAUAGUGGACGUAAAACCAUGUAAAGGAGGACUUAUUUUUCCUUUAUGGGAACCGGUAUUAAAUCUAAGUAUAGGUGACAAGAUUGCACGAGGUGCUGUUUACUUCUUAGGAAUGGUCUACAUGUUUUUAGGAGUGUCCAUUGUGGCUGACCGAUUUAUGUCCUCCAUUGAAGUCAUCACUUCCAAAGAAAAGGAAGUCAUUGUGAGAAAGUCCGAUGGAACAACAACAACUGUUAACAUUAAGAUCUGGAAUGAAACAGUGUCUAAUCUGACACUGAUGGCUCUUGGUUCAUCAGCCCCUGAGAUUCUUCUGUCUGUAAUUGAAAUCUGUAUCAAUAACUUUAAGGCUGGUGAACUAGGUCCUAGCACCAUUGUAGGCAGUGCAGCUUUUAACCUUUUCAUUAUUACUGCCAUUUGUGUAUAUUGCAUACCAAAUGGAGAAUAUCGUACGAUAAAACAUUUACAUGUCUUCUUUCUCACAGCUACCUGGAGUAUAAUUGCAUACCUCUGGCUCUACUUUAUUUUGUCCGUAUCUUCAAGUGGUGAAGUUAAGAUUUGGGAGGCUGUGGUGACUUUGUUAUUUUUCCCUGCAACUGUCAUCACUGCAUACAUAGCUGACAGAAAGCUUUUCCCUUAUACGUUUUUGUCAAAAAAAUACAGAUCAAGUCGACACAAGGGCAUGGUAGUAACUACAGAAGGAGAUCAUGAAUUAGCAGACGGCAAAGCAAAUCAUCAUGAUGAAGUCAUUUUCAAAGGAAUUAGUGAAGAGAGUGAUAUAAAAGAAAUCAAAGAAUUUGAAGAACAUCGGAAAGAAUACAUGGAUAUUCUUCGUGAACUCAGAAAGAAAAAUCCCAAUGCAGACAUGAAAACUUUGGAGGAAAUGGCAGAGUAUGAGGCCAUCAAUCGCGGACCAAAGAGUCGAGCUUUCUACCGCAUUCAGGCCACACGUAAGCUGACAGGAGGAGGAAACGUAGUGAAAAAGAGUAAGAUUGAACGAAAGGCAAGUCUUGAGGAUGUGAAAAUAGAAGUGAAGGAUGAUAACACAACUCGGGUGUUCUUUGAUCCUGGGCACUACACGGUCAUGGAGAAUGUGGGUACAUUUUAUCUGACAGUAACCAGAGAAGGAGGAGACUUAAAUAAAACCCUGUAUGUGGAUUACAAAACAGAAGAUGGAACAGCAAAUGCUGGGUCUGAUUAUGAAAAUGCAGAAGGAACAAUUAUCUUUUAUCCUAUGGAAACCCACAAGCAAUUUCCAAUCACCAUUAUAGAUGAUGAUGUCUUUGAGGAGGAUGAGCAUUUCUAUGUUCGUCUUAGUAACUUGCGGACUGGAGACUCCCAAGGCAUGUUUGACAGUAACAACACAGAUGCAUGUGAAGUUAAGCUUGUCCCUCCUUUUGUGGCCACAGUAAUGAUCUUGGAUGAUGACCAUCCAGGAAUUUUCCACUUUGAGGAGAAAGAGUUAAAUGUACCAGAAGCUAUUGGUGAGGUCGAAAUUAAAGUGGUUCGGUCCUCUGGAGCUAGAGGGACUGUUAGAGUACCGUACCAUACAACUGAUGGAUCUGCUAAAAAGGGGAGGGACUUUGAAACAACAGAUACCGAAGUCAUCUUCCAUAAUGAUGAAACUGAAAAGACCAUUUUGCUAAAGAUUUAUGAUGAUGAAGAAUAUGAAAAGAAUGAGGCUUUCCAGAUUCAUUUGGAUGAACCAACUAUUGUUCGGAGAGGGUCAGAGAAUGAGGAUGACUUAGAACCAGAGAGAGUAGGGAGACGUGAGUCUGAGGCCCAGCAAGAAGAGGAGCACUUGUCAGAAUUGGCCAAACCACGUCUAGGCGAUAUCAAGACUCUCUGUGUACACAUCCAGGAAAGCUACGAGUUCAAGAAUGUGGUAGACAAAUUGUUAAAGAAGGCCAAUGUCUCUCUAGUUGUGGGUACCUCCUCCUGGAGGGAACAGUUCCUUGAGGCCAUUACUGUCAGUGCAGGUGAUGAGGAGGAUGAGGAAGAAGAGAAGCUUCCUUCCUGUAUGGACUAUGUCAUGCAUUUCCUGACACUCUUCUGGAAAGUUCUCUUUGCCUGUGUCCCCCCAACUGAUUACCUUGGUGGUUGGGCCUGCUUUACUGUCAGUAUCAUUAUGAUUGGUGUGCUGACAAUGUUUAUCCAGGACUUGGCUACAGAAUUUGGUUGUACUAUAGGACUGAAGGAUGCUGUUACUGCCAUCUCUGUCGUAGCUCUUGGUACAAGUGUACCAGAUACGUUUGCCAGUAAAGUAGCAGCUAUCAAUGACAGGUACGCUGACUCAUCCAUUGGGAAUGUCACAGGAAGUAAUGCCGUCAAUGUUUUCCUAGGUAUUGGCUUGGCAUGGACAAUUGCUGCAAUAUACCAUGCAGCAAAUGGCAAGCCUUUUGAAGUAGAUCCAGGUGCACUAGCAUUUUCGGUCACCAUUUUCUGUAUCGAAGCAGUUAUUUGCUGCACGAUUAUUGUGGUGCGUAGGAAAUUUGGAGGAGAACUGGGUGGUCCAACUAAGCUUCGGAUUCCAACAGUUAUUUUCUUUGUAUCAUUAUGGUUGUUUUACAUCAUAAUGUCAUCAAUGGUUAGCUAUUGUGUCAUUCCAUCAUUCUAAUCAGACUGUAGUAAUUAAGAUAAUUGAGCACUCUCUACUGCUCCAUACCAGCUAUUUAGUUAUGCAGGACAGGCGGGGACAUGGGGGAUUUUGUUGCAGAUAAAAAUGCUCAAAGUUUUCUUGUUGUCUAUGCAAUCUUUUGUUAUUAUCCAAAGAUUAUGUGACCAGCAUUGAAAUGGAAAUACUAGAACUGAUGCUUACUGCAACCCCAAAACCCUGACUGAGAGAACCAUAUUGUCUUAAAAGAAUUGAACUUUUCAGGAUGGAUUUGGUUGUAAAGGGUGGUUUUUCCUUACCUAAUGUAAAGGAUACCUGUAAAUUUUUUUUU